AUGGCAUCGCUCCCGAGUUUUUUCAUUCUUCAAUCCGGUUCAAAAUACUUGACCCUAACCGAAAAUGUUCCACCCGGCCUACCAUCCGGGUUGGUUAAAUUCGAUGAAGAACAGAUAUGGAGUCCGAGAACCAAGUUCGCAGCGGAGCCAGCAGAAACCGGAGAUGGCCGAUUUGUUCACAUAAGGUCGUUGUACAAUAAUAAGUACCUGGUGAAGAAACAAAUCGAUGAUGAGACAGCAAAAUCAUGGAUUGUUGUUGCAUCCGCCAAGCAACCAGAGGAGGACACCUCAAGCGACUCUUGCACAUUGUUCGAGCCUCAUUUCGAUGAUGGGUCAACAAGUGUCCGCUUACGCCAUGUCCUCAUCGAUGACGAGAAGAACCACAACUCCUCUGUACAUGUUACACUCUCGUCGUCUUCGUCAGACGACGCCAAGAAAGGGAUGCUGCUAGCAUCCUCUAAUAACAGGGGAUCUGUUUUUAGUGUAAUUGACCGGGGGAGUCUAGUGGUACUUCCCUUGCGAGUCGCAUUUAAAUGGAAUGAUCGUUACCUUCGAUGUUUAGACCAAGACGGGCUCAAUUAUGAGAGAUUCGAGUCCGUACUUAUCACAGAUCCGUUGGUGUUUAAGGUGCUUUACCCUACUGCUGAUGGAAACUAUCGUAUAAGGGAUUCGCAUUGGGCCCGGUAUUUCAAGUAUCAGGUUACCUGGAUAUGGGCCGACGGCCAAGAAUACGAGUUUUCUAACGACACCAAGUUUUCGUUCGUCCAUAUAGAGAACAAUGUCUUCGCCGUUCGCAGUUUGGGCAACAAUGGCUUCUGCGGUCCACUCUCCGUGGAUGGAAAAACCGACUGUUUAAACGCGUUUUAUGCCACUUUGUCAUCCGAGACAAGGCUGACUGUGGUGGAGCGUGUCCUUAAAAGGGAGAUCUACGAUAUCCAAUACCGGCUGCCCGACGCAAGAAUUUACGGUGAGCAACCCAUAGAAGUUGACACUCAAACUACUUCCAAUAAUUUGCGCGAUUCAGCAAUCACAACGGCCCUAACGUUUACUGAAACUAAAUCUACUACCACUUCCUGGAGUAACAGUCAGACAAUCAAUUUCGGUGUAUCGGUGUCAAUGUCAGUCGAUGUUGUACCUUUUAUUUCCGAGUUGGGGAUCGAGAUGCAUACUGAUUAUACGAGUACGCAUGAAUGGGGAGAGUCCAAAACGACAGAGACUUCAAGAGAGACGAGUCACACUGUAACGGUUCCACCGUUAAAGAGCUACAUGGUGACUUUAAUGGCUACAAUGGGUAAGUGCGAUGUUCCCUUCAACUACACUCAGCGUGAUCUUCUUUUGACCGGUGAUUGGGAAGAAACUAAAAAAUGCGACGGCCUUUUCACUGGCAUCAACAAUUAUAACUUCUAUUAUAACACAGUGGAAAAAGAUCUUUAG